AUGAAGAAUGUUAUAAAUGAAAACAUUAUCGAAAAUUUAAAUAUUUAUGAUCAUUCCAUUAAUAAGACUAUAAAUGAUAAAGUAGAUGUAAAAAAACUAAAAAAAAUUGAGAUAAAUGAGAAUAAUUUACAUAAUUACCUUUCAAAAAACAACAUGGUUAAUGAAAGUAAAUAUAAUUUAGAUUCUUAUAAUGAAAAAAAAAAUAUGAAUAAGAAAGAUAUUAUUGUUAUAGAAAAUAAUGUAAAUAACGAAGAUUAUUACAACACAAAUGAAAAAAAUAAAGAAAAGAAAGAAACGAAUUACAAUAGUGAAUCCAGUGUUAAAAAUAAGAAAAUUUUAAAGGAUUUUGAUAUUUUUGUAGAUAAAAAAAAUGCUAUAAAUAGCAUAAUAAGUUCAGCAUUUGCAGGAAUAAUGUCGCGAACAAUUACAGCACCAUUAGAUAGAGUAAAAUACAUAAUGCAAAUAACUAAUAACUUACCCAUUUCUGAAAUUUUUAAAAUUAUAAAAAAAGAUGGAAUAUUUUGUGGUUUUUUUCGGGGAAAUUGUGUUAAUAUUGUUAAAAUAAUUCCCGAAUUGUCUAUAAAAAUGUAUUCUUAUGAAUUUAUGAAACUGAAUGUUUAUAAUUAUUAUAACAAAACAAAUAAUUGUGUUAGUAAUGAAGAAAAUAUUAAUAUACCCUUUUUUAUUCGUUUUUUAAUAGGAAGUUCAAGUGGUGUCAUAGCUGCCUUAUUUAUUUACCCACUUGAAAUAGUGAAAACAAGAUUAAUUGUAUCUAAUAAAAAUGAUGAUAAUGGAAUAAUUAAAUGUUUUUAUAAUAUUUAUAAAAAUGAAAGAUGUAGAAAUUUCUAUAACGGCUUAUCAAUGCAUAUAUAUGGCGUUCUUUUUUUUUCUGGUUGUAACAUGAGUAUAUAUGAUUAUUUAAAAUAUCUUUUUUUUUCAUUCUAUAAAGAUUAUAUUCAUUCAAAUUAUUGUCUCAAAAAUGUUUAUAAAAAAGGAAAUGAUUUUUUUUCAGAUACUAAUAAUAAAAAUAAUAAUUAUUUUCAUAUAUAUAAUAAUAAUAAUAAUAACAAUAAUGGUAAAAAUUUUUUAUUAAAAACUGUAAGCAACUCUGACAAUAUAAAAAAAGAUUCAGAACAUAAAUGGAAUAAUAAAAAUUAUCAAAAUAAGGGAGAAGAUAUUAUGAAUAAAAUAUCUUGUUCUUAUUGUGAUUAUCGCAUAAAAAAUGUGAACUGUUUAUCUUUUUUAUUUUUCGGAAUAACAAGUUCUUUUAUAGCUCAAAUAGUUAGUUAUCCUUUUUUAGUAUUAAGAACAAGAAUGCAAACUUUGAAUAAUGAAAUAGCAAGUAAUUAUCUGAAUAAUGAAAGAAAAAAAAUAAAAUCAUGUAGUUUUAUUUUAUAUAAUAUUAAAAAAUAUGGAUUUAAAUCUCUCUAUAGAGGUAUUUAUGUAAAUUUAUUGAAAACUAUACCAGCUACAUCUAUUACUUGGUUUUCUUAUGAAUUUUCCAUGAGAAAGUUGCAAAAUAAUUAA